AUGAAUCUCACGAGACAACUCGAGUACACUCCGGCAUUUUCAUCCUUCUUCAAGUUCUAUUUGGGAUAUAUGAGCACUAAUACUUUGCAAAUUCCCACAGGUUUUGUUGCACAAAUGAGAGGACUCGUACCGAAAAAAUGUAUCUUGAGAAAUGAUAAAGGAAAAUGUUGGAGGAUCAAUGUUGAAAUGGUGGGACAAGACAUGUUUUUCACAAAGGGGUGGUCAGUAUUUGUCUUAGAGAACUCACUUGACGAUGGUCAUUUACUAGUUUUUUACUAUGAUGGGGAAAUGACUUUCAACUUUACGCACUAUGAUCAUUCGGCAUGUGAGGUCGAAGAAGAAGAAGAAAAGUCGACUAAGAGGAAGAAGUGGCAUACUUGUUUUUCUUCUUCUUCAAUCUUCAAAUACGGGCUUGUUAAGACUCCGGAAAACCCUUUUUUCGUGACGAAACUUCAAAGAAAGAAACCAAAUGGACUGCAUGUUCCUGCUGAUAUAAUGAGAAACUAUGGCAUUAAGCUUCCUUCAACAGUUUUGAUGAUCGAUCAAGAAGGGAGGCAAAUCUAUACGGAGGUGGUGACGUGGACAGAUGGGAGGACGAGGAUUGUGGAGGGAUGGAAGUUAUUUGUGAGGAACAACAACCUUAACGAAGAAGACAGGUGCAUUUGUGAGAUCGUGGUCAACGAUGAUCAACCACCGCAAGUACUCUUCUUGAAGAUGACGGUUCUUCGAGCUGGUUCAUGGCUUCCCAAAUUAAUAGGCCGUCAUAAUAAUUAA